AUGACGUCGUCACCAUCGUCGUCGUCCUCAUCGACGACGAUUCUCGAAGAAGAAGAAGAAGAAGAAGAAGACCCGGAGAAUCCGGCGAAUGCGAAACCGAAAGGUCCCAUCGGUCAAGCUUUUGAUUUCCUCUCGGCGGUGGCGCUGGUGUGCGCCACCGCGGUAGCCGCCGUAGCCGGCGCGUCGUAUUACGUGCAAACGACCGAAGAGUUGGAGAAGAAAGUGAAGGGGAAAGAUUUUGAGAAAGAAAUCGCGGUACCGGGAGCGCAACGGUUCGCGGAAUAUUUGCUGGAGUUUCGCCAGUUUAUCGAUGAGAAAUCGAGCCAUUAUUUAGACCCGAUUAGCGAUAAGUUGUUGCCGGACCAUCCUCCGGACGCGAUGUAUAUUCCUCACACUUUAGUUUUGGAUUUGGACGACACCUUGAUUAACUCGAAUUGGAACAGAGAGAGAGGGUGGCGAGUGUUUAAGCGACCGGGAGUGGAUCCGUUUUUAGAGCACUUGGCGCAAUUUUACGAGAUGGUUGUAUUCACCGACCAACUCUUGACAUACGGUGAGCCGAUUUUAGAACGGUUGGACCCAAAACGGUACGUCACGCACCGUUUAUAUAGAGAAUCGGCGCAAUAUAAACACGGAGAAUACAUAAGAGAUUUAUCCAAGUUAAACAGGGAUAUGGAGAGAGUAUUGUACAUAAGUUCGAAACCAAAAUCGGCGGAGAUGAACCCGGAAAACGUCAUUCCGAUUCAGCCUUGGAGAUACGAAGACGGUUCGACCGAUACCGCAUUGCUCGAUCUCAUGCCGUUUCUAGAAUCCAUAGUUCGUCUCGGCGUCGCCGACGUCCGAGCGGUUUUAUCCUCCUACAAGGAAGAAAUGAAAAGAACCGGGAAGGAUAUCCCGCACAUCUUUCGAGAGAGGCAGCAAAAGUUCCAAAAGAAACGAUUGGAGCAAGCGAAACAAGUCGCGCCCAUCGGAAGAGGAAGGAAGAAAAUAGACGCGUGGUAA